AUUUGUGGUUUUCGUGUGUCAAUGUUUUUCCUUAAGAAGUUGAUAUAAAACGUAAAAAAUUACAGCCGGUCUAUACAUCAAUCGAAAGAUUCCAAGAAAAGCUUCCACAUGAAGGUUCGACUAUCGAUUUUAUAUGAUUUUUUGCCCACGGCCGAUCUGUAAACCGUUCCGAACAUUUGGGAUGUCUGCACCAUUUUUGACAAAACCCCCAAAAAACAACACUCAUCAGUUAAAUCCAAAUUGAAAGUACCGUUAAGGCCACAAAUCUAGCUGGACCAGUUUCAAGCCUCCCUCGUUUUGAAGGACAUCUGUGCAGAAUGCAAUCUUCAAUGAAAGAGCGACAGUCAGUGAUAGUGCAACUGCGCACAGGAACAGUUGACCACGCAAAAGCAUGGCGCCAAGUUCGGUUCUGAUUGUUCUAGUGGGACUGGUCAGCUUGAGCCUGAGUUCCGAAAUAGUUCCUCCGUUGUACCGAUACGAUGACUAUGACCGGUGCCGCCAGGGGAACGACCACACCACCACCGGAGUGUACUGCUUUGUUAAGGUUGUGUUCGAAGAGGAUCGUGAUCCGUUUGACUCGCCACGAAUCAUCAGCGAUUUUAGGCGUAAUUUGCUGGAUUGGGGCGUUUGUGUUGAGGAAUGUCAACGAGAACUAAAGGAUGUCAGUUUGGAAGAUCGGCAGCGUUUGUUUGAGCCAAAAUUUCCAAUCAAUUUCACGUAUAUCUUUCCGGCUGAUUUCUGGGAUCACUAUCUGGAUCCUUUUAAUGCUCGGUACGACGAGUUGAUCAACGUCUGUGUAAAUAACCGUCUGGAACGGAAUUACACCCUCGAUCGCCAUGCCUACUCGGAGAUUGAGUACUGCACUUCAAAAGACGAGCUGGGAAGUGCAAGAAGGACUCCACACUGGUUAAUGAGUACUUUCUAUGCAAUAAUGUUGAUAAUUUUCAUUCCCAUGGUUGGUUCCAACGUGCUUGAGUGGCUGGGUUUUGAUCGGAUCAAAGACCAUAUAAUUGUAUCAUCAUUCUCGGUGAAACGCAACUGGGAUCGCCUCACACAACAGUCCAAAAGUGAACUUUACCGGGAAUUUGGAUACCUAGAAGGACUUCGAGUUUUCAUGAACCUGUGGGUUAUGGCCACGCACAUUAUUAUGUUUGUAGGGUAUAUGCCUAUGGGUAACCCCGAAUUUGCUGAAAAUUUAAUGAAGAACCCUCUGAUGAUAGACGUAUCCACGGCAAGCAUUGUUUCCGUCCAGAUAUUCUUGGCCAUCGGUGGACUCUUGGUAACAAACGCCGUCUUAAUGUAUGUAGACCAGAAGCAUGAGUUUGAUUUCAAUUUGAUCAGAGGAAGUUUCAUUCAUCGAUUGAUCCGUAUUGCACCACUUGACUACUUUUUCAUAUUGUGGUCAAUCGUAGUUCCUGACCUUCUGGGAAUCCAAGUGGGUCCCGUUGGAUACAAAAUGAUCACCCAAGAACAGGCUCGAUGCCGCAAGAUGUGGUGGACCAAUGUACUGUUUCUGAAUAAUCUUCCAGCAUUUAGUGGCGAACGGUGCAACAUUCAGAGCUGGUAUUUGGCAGCUGAUUUACAGUUGUUUCUUGUGGCUAUGCUGUUGCUGGCGACCUGUUGCAAGUAUCCGAAACAUGCCAGUUCUGUACUAUGGACUAGCGUUGUUAUUGCAGUGGCGAUUCCUAUCGGGAAUAUACACAUGUAUGAACUAGAAUCAUCUGUGCCUGCAAUGUUGAGCAAUCUUCAGUUUUUCUUUAUGUAUCAACCAUGGUUUAACCACAUUUAUGCACCAGGCUAUUCUAAUUUUAAUUGUUAUUUAGCUGGGGUGGUCGUCGGUUAUCUGUACCACCAACAUAAGCACCGCAAAUUAAACUUUGUAGAUUCUUUGCUUUUCAAAGUUCUUAAAAUGGCACGAAUUCCAAUGCUGCUUCUAGCGUUCGUUCCGACAUUCAUCUUCUAUCAAUACGAGAUACCGCGUUCUUCCUGGUUGACCUUGAUUCACUCCGUUCUGUACCGGAACGCCGCGGUCAUUGUUGCAAGUGUGACCUUUGUCGAUUGCUUCCAGAAACCACAAGGUGUCGUUCGCAGAUUCUUGGCUUCCAAGGCGUUGACCAGCCUGGGCAAGCUGACCUACAGCUUGUACUUGGUGCAUGUUCCCGUUUUUCGACUCAUUUCGAACUGGUUCUCUCCAAUGCCGGAGGUAGAGUUCUGGUUCGUAGUUUGGAUUCUGCCACUCCUUUGUAGUUUCAUUCUCGUUGCGGUCAUCGCGUACUUCUGCAUUGAACAGCCAUGUGGUCUUUUGCUGAAGCACUUCUUUUUUAAGAGGCUCUAAUUAAUAAACUGUUCUCCAGCAAUCUUUUUUUGUGUCACGUAAACUCGUGUAUUAUAACCUAUUUUUAUUCUGAUAUCUCACAGGACCUGUCUCUUUCUCUUCCUCACUUCCUGUUUGAUAUUUUGAUACAAUUACAAUUACAGUACAAAAUUAUUAUCAUGUCGCGUUACGCAGUCGUCCAACUCUUCCCUUCUUAAAUGUGUUACGUUACCUCAAAGAUGCUAUGAAGUAAUGAAGAAGUUCUUUCCAAAAAUGCCGUGAUGAAACAGUUAAAUAAUGCAUUUGGUAAUGUUAAAGACAAUCAACCACUCAAAUUUAAUUAAAAUUUGGUUUGCUGAGCUUGAAGUUGAUGGUGUGAGAAUAAAACCAAAACAUUGGUUUUAAA